AUGAGAGAAAAGGCAGUAAUUGUAUUCGACCUGUACGGGACGUUGCUGUCCACCGAGUCGAUAGCCCACGAGCUGUCGAAGCUCUUCGGCACUGAUAGAGCCAAAUCUAUCGCUGCGUUGUGGCGGAGGUAUCAGCUCGAAUACACAUGGCGGAUCAACUCUAUGGGCGAAUAUAAGAACUUCAGCGAAAUCACUCGGAGCUCUUUAGGCCACGCAUUGGCCGAGCAUGACCUCGCCAUCUCAACGGAGCAAGCCAAUCAUCUCAUGAAAUCUUACGACUCACUCCAUGUGUUCUCUGAGAUACCCAGUGCACUCAAAGUGCUCGGACAGAAUAGUCAUCUGGUCGAGGCUUACGUCUUCUCAAACGGCACUGAGGAGAUGGUCAGUAAUUCGGUCAAACUGUCACCAGACCUGGGACCGCAUGCAGACAUCUUCAAAUCAUUAGUCACUGUUGAUACGCUGCAAGUCUACAAGCCUGACGUGGGCGUAUACGAGCAUCUACUCCGAGCCGUGGGGAGGGAAGGGAGCAAAAACAGAACCUGGCUUGUGAGCGCCGAUCCCUUCGAUGUCGUCGGCAGCAAGUCAGCGGGUUUGAAAUCGGCUUGGAUUGAUCGAGCCGGCAAGGGCUGGAUGGACCGCUUGGACGAGAUGCUCCCGCCCUCCAUUAUAGCUAAAGGAGUGGACGAGGCCGUCAAGUCCAUCGUGGCCUGGGAGGAGAAGACUGUUGCCGCCGCCGCUGCUACUGCUGCUGAAUCCUGA